AUGCAGGAUGAAAUUCUGCUGACUCCCCGCAGAGAAUCUGCUGUUGAGGACAUGGACCCCUUUGCCUCCCCGAAUGAAGAGAAAUGGGAUUUUGUCCUGGUGAGUGACAUCCACGAAAUGGGCAGUGAGAAGGAGAUCAAGAGGAAGAAGUUUCUGGAUGAGCUGAGCAAGAAGGGCUUCACCAUCAAGAAAAUUGAGGACACAAAGCUCUUUUAUGGAGUCCGUGCCCCGCAGCACAUCUUCUGGAAAUACCAGUGUCUCCUGACAAACCCCAACAGCAGGCAGCAAAACUCCAGUGCCCACCAGGAUGUCCCAGUGACCACCAGGAUACGGGUCGUGCACUUCAUCCUGCAGAACACUGUGACGUCCGACCUAGAGAAGCUGCGUGAUCUGAUGAAGAAGAAGGUGUUUGAGGCAGCCUUUCCCUUGCACAAGAAAGAAGACAUAAGGGAAAUACUAAAGAAGAAGUGGGCUCGCUGGAGAGUUCUCUUUAAGGAGCAGCCAAUUGAGGAGAUCAGGUGCUAUUUUGGAGAGAAGGUGGCCUUGUACUUCGCCUGGCUGGGCUGGUACACCUACCUGCUGGUUUUCGCUGCCCUGGCUGGGCUGGCAACAGUCGCAGCUGGGGCUACUGUUUUCAGUUCCAGCCAGGUGAGCAAGGAGAUCUGUGAUGCCAACAACACCAUCAUGUGCCCGCUCUGUGACCAGAAUUGCUCGUUCUGGGUUCUUUCAGACACCUGCACCUACGCCAAGGUCACUCACAUGAUUGAUAAUGAGGCCACGGUGGUGUUUGCCAUCUUCAUGGCCAUCUGGGCCACUGUAUUCCUGGAGCUGUGGAAGAGGGAGAGAGCCACUGUGGCCAUCAACUGGGACCUGUACGGGUGGGAUGAGGAAGAGGAGGAGCUGGCUCUGCAGCUGAUCAAUAACUCUCAGCACGAACCCCGGCUGUACCAGCACUCCUACUUGCGCAGCACCAUCGUCCUCGUCUUGGCUGUGUUGAUGAUCGUGGUGCUGAUCGGCAUUGCCCACGCACUCGUCAUCUACCGGGCGGUGGCCAUGGCACUGUUCACGCAGAGCGAAGUGAACCUGCUGAGCAAGCACGCCGACACCAUCGCCGUGAUGACGGGGGCCGUGCUGCACUACGUCACCAUCGUCAUCAUGACCAAGGUCAACUGGCAAGUGGCCCUCUUCCUCUGCAGCCUGGAGAAACCACGGACCUUCUCUGAGCAGGAGAACAACUUCACUGUGAAGAUCUUCAUCUUCCAGUUCUUCACAAACUUCUCCUCGCUCAUCUACAUCGCCUUCUUCCUGGGACGGAUCAAUGGCCACCCAGGGCACUACGUGCGCAUUGCUGGCCACUGGAGGCUGGAGGAGUGCCACCCCAGCGGCUGCAUCACCGACCUCUUCAUCCAGAUGGCUGUCAUCAUGCUGCUCAAGCAGACCAUCAGCAACAUCAUGGAGUACCUCAUCCCCUGGGUAUCCCACCAGCUACGGAAGAAGAAAAAGUCCCCCAAGAAGAGAAGUGUGAUGUUAGGAGAGGAGGAGGAGGCAGAGGACCCCUGCAAAAGGCAGUGGCUGAACAACUACGAACUCAACGAGGUCAACGUCUUCAGCUUGUUCAAUGAGUACUUGGAGAUAGUGAUCCAGUACAGCUUCACCACCAUCUUCGUGGCAGCCUUUCCCCUGGCCCCACUGCUGGCCCUCAUCAACAACAUCAUCGAGAUUCACAUGGACGCCAUCAAGAUGAUGCGGCUGCGCCGGCGCAUGGUGCCCAGAAAGGCCAAGGACAUCGGGAUCUGGCUGCAGGUCCUAGAGGCCAUCGGCACCCUGGCUGUCAUCGGGAAUGGGCUGGUGAUCGCCAUCACCUCCGACUUCAUCCCUGUGCAGGUCUACAAGUACAUGUACAGCCCCUGCACAAGGGAGAACCACACCAGCAUGGACUGCUCCACCGGGUACAUCAACAACAGCCUCUCCAUAUUCCACAUCCAGGACUUCGAGCCCCACACCAAGGUGCUGCCAGAAUUUAAUGGGGUCCAAAUCAAGGAGUGCAGGUACCGGGACUAUCGGAACGCUGAUGACUACACCUACACCAUCCAGUUCUGGCACAUCUUUGCAGCCCGGCUCGCUUUCCUCAUCCUCUUCGAGCACGUGGCUCUGUGCGUAAAGCUGAUCGCAGCCUGGUACAUCCCCGAUGUCCCCCAGAAGGUCAAGAAUCAAAUUCUGAGGGAAAAACACAGUAAUCUCCGUAACGAACUGAGGGAGAGGAGUCCUUUCCCACAGGAGAGAGUUCUCUGCAACCCUCUCCACCAUGGCUCCAAUUUCACAAGCAGGAGUCCUCCCAAAACCACUGCAACAUGA